CGAGCGUUUGAGUGUGGAAAAGCAGAUUGUAUGGACGCGAGUGUAUGAAAUGAGCGCGCGCGAUUGUGACGACGCGGGAGAGUGUUGAUUAAGUGUGCAAGACCGUGUGCGUGGAUUUCGGCGUGUGAACGUGUGUGUAGGGAAGUUGGUGUGUGUGAACGCGCGCCCCUGAGUGUGUGUGGGAAUGAGAAUUGCGAGUGGUACCAUUGUGCGAAUGUGUGCGUGUAAGUUAUGGGUGAGUAUGUGUUUAAGUGCAUGUUUGUGUAAGUAUGCGCUCGUGUGUUUGUGAGAGUAUGUGAGUGCACUGAUCAAUACGUGUGCGCUGGGUUUUGUGAGUGAGUACGCGUGUGUUUGAAUGGGCUAUGUUUUAUGGCUUUGUGUGUAAGUGUGCGCCGGUCUUUGUGUGAGUGUGAGUCUGCGUGUGAGUGUGCACUGGGUUUUGUAUGUGCGUGUGAGUGUGCGUGCCGGCUUUGUGUGUGUGUGUGUUGGAGCGUGUGCACCGAGCUUUGUGUGCGUGUUUGCACGGGGCUUUGUGUGUCGGUGUGUGCGCGCCGGGCUUUGUGUGUGAGUGUGAGUGCGCGUGAGCACACACCGCUGUCGGGACCCCGCGCCGUCCGUUCAUUCUCCGCAAACAGACCUUCCUCAGCGAGUCCGUCCGCACCUUAUGCGGGGACAUUUGUUUCUGCUAAGUUUUAUUCUGCGGCCGCAUUGCAAAACCCAGGCGCAGUUACCAGCGCCGGGCGCUCUUUUCCCAGACAUGGGCGCAGUUGGUUGCAAUGAAGGAUUCUUUUGCCAGGAGAGCCGGUUUGGAAUUUUCUCCGCUUUCGGCCGAAGAUUUUGCCUAGUGCGCUAGACGGGGGUCGGAUACGCAGGCGUACAACUCAUCUUCCGCCUUUCUUUAUUUUUUUGAGACAGUUAUUUUUGAAGAAGAAGAAAAAAAGGAAUGGAGAUUAAAUACAAAGAGUGGAUUCUGGAAACCAUCGACUCUUUGCGGUCCCGCAAAGCCCGGCCCGAUGUGGAGCGGAUUUGCCGGAUGAUCGAGCGCAGGCACGGGCUCUCGCCGGCCGAGACGGAGCAGCAACUGGACAAGCUAGUGCGGGCCGAGCUGGUGGUCAAAGUGGCGUACAAGGGCUCCAACAGUUACCGCAACGCUGCCAAGUGGUACAAGAGCAAAGCGAGGAAGGGGCCGGAGAGCGGCGGCGGGCUCCCGCAGCAACCCCCGGACACGGGUCGACGGGCGCUGGCCAGCCGGAAAGUCGGCAACGGGAGGCUGCAGCUCGCCCUGAAGCGGGAGCUGAGCCGCGGCAGGCUCCCGCACGCCGGCUCCCCGCAGCCGCAAGUCAGGGCGGACGGUGCGAAAGUCUCAAGCGCGUCCUGCCGGGCUUUUCCCACGAACAAGGGCUAUGCCAGGAUUCGCAAGGAGCGAGCUUUCGACGUGGAUGCUCGUUUAACGGACACGACAGCAGGUGACGACGCUCCGGACGAGUGUAUGGAACCAGAACUGACAGAGAUCGAAGAACGCACCAGUCUAGAUUUGGAGCAAGAUGCCUCUGAGAUGGAAUUGGUGGGACACUCCUCCGUGGACAACUUUCCCAAGGUUCCUGAAUCCACACGCACCUCUGAGACGUCAGAACUCUUGAAUUGUGAAGACUACAAGAAGUCUCGUAGCUUGAAUGGUCAUGCCCAAGACCUGUCGGGAAACUCUGCAGUUCUGGAAGUCCGAGGUGCCUCAUGCCUCCCGACACCGUCAGCGUCUCCCGUCGAGAUGAAGACCUUUGAGACCAGCUCCUUGGGCACUGAGAGUCCAACGGAAAACACUCGGCUAGAUCCGGUGGAGUGGACAAUCCUAGACGUUUUCAACUACUUCAAGAAAGCUGGCUUCGAAGACCAGGCUGGAGCAUUUCAGGAACAGGAAAUCGACGGCAAGUCCCUGCUCCUCAUGAAGCGGAGCGACGUUCUAACAGGACUGUCGAUCAAGCUGGGCCCCGCCCUGAAGAUCUACGAAUUCCACGUGAAGGCCUUGCAAAUGAGUCACUUGAAGGGCAGUUCCUCGGAGUGUUAGAGGAGGCCGGCGGCUUCUGUGCUGGAGAUGGUGCGUUGGGGUCAAUACCUCCCUUCUUCCUGGUUGCAUGUAGGAUAUUGGAUGUUCAGUAGUGUGGAUUGUGUGUUUGUAGAAACUUGUCAGUCUCCUCUUUUAAGUUCGAGGCGUUGUCGAAGCCCCUUGAGAUGUCAGCCUGGACCCUUGCCUCGGAUUUUGUGAGCAGUUGUGUUUUGCGCCUCCCCCCGCUAAGUAAGCAUAUUUACUUUGUGUAUAUAACUCCUGUCUGAGGUGUUGCAUCGUGGGAAGCUGUAACCAUGGGAACACACGUACAGCAGUAACGUGUUACGUAACUGUGGAUGUCUUCGGAAAGACGUGACUGUAUUUGUAACAGAAAUAUAUAUUCUAUUGAUUUGAUGGAAAUGGAUGGUUGCGGGGUCUCUCAGCGUCCCGUUUAGCUGUCAGUGUCGCUGUGGGAGGUCUUCAGCCUGACAGUGCCCAUCCAAAAGGAAUCUAGUUGGGUGACGAGGGGAACCACAUGAAUUUUGGAAUGAGGUGGGGGCACCAUGGUAGUUUAGCAGUUAGCGCGAUGCUAUUACAGCUCUGGGCUUAUGAUUUCAAUUCCCGUGCCGUCCGUAAGGAGUUUGUACAUCCUCCCUGUGAACCAUGUUCAUUUCCUCCGGGUGCUCUGGUUUCCUCCCACACUCCAAAGACAUACCGGUUAGUAGGUUAAUUAGUUGCUGUAAAUUGUCCUGUGCUUAGGUUAGGGUUGAACAGGUGGGUUGCUGGGCGACGCGACACGUUGGGAUGGAACUAUUGUUCUGUGCUGUCUCUCUAAAUUAAUAAUAUCCCGGGGCUCCUGACACCGCGUCCCUCACGAAGAGCCCCAGGGAGGGAGUGCGCAGACUUGCCAGAUAUUCCUGAUGCGUCCCCCCGCCCUGAUCUGAUCAGCUGGAGGGUGAUCACACACAGAUGCAGGAAGCCUUGCUGUGGUGUGGUUGCCGGGAACGCCUCAGCAAAUUGCUUUGAGGUUUGUGGAAAGUUGUGAGGUAUUAAGGCCCAGCAUCAGUUUUAAUAUCACUGGCAUAUGUGGUGAAAUUUGUUUUGCGGCAGCAGUGCAUAAUAAAACUGUGGAUUACAGUAAGAAGUGUAUAUACAUGAAAAUUAAGUUAAAUGAGUAGCACAGAAAGAGAGGAAAAGAGAUGGUGAAGUGUAUGGUGGGGUCCUUGUCCAGUCAGAAAUCUGAUGGUGGAGGGGAAGAAGCUGUUCCUGAAGUGUUAGUGUGUUCAGGCUCCUGUACUCCUCCUCGAUGCAGAUCGGCACAUCUGUAGGGUAUUAACGCAAAAGGCAUAAUGCUAAUAGUAUCUGUCUGUCAGCCAAUGAGAUGGGCUUGAGCUGAGGCCUGCGGUCAAUUUACAAAGAUUCAAGUUUGUUUAUCGCGUGUGCAUUGAAACAUACGGUGAAAUGUGUCUCUUUACGUUAACAUCCAACACCCAACAACGUGCUGGGGACAAGCCCGCAAGAAUCACCACACAAUCCGGCACCAACGUAGCCCUCAAUGAACGCAGACAACAAGACAACAACAGAGACGGCACGGCAGCAUAAUGGUUAGCACAACAGUUUCCAGUGUUCAAUUCCUGCCACUGCCUGUAAGAAAUCUGUACCUUCUCCCCAUGACCGGUUGGGUUUCCUCCCAGUGCUCUGGUUUCCUCCUUGGUCACUGUAAAUGAUCCUGUUACUAGGCUAGGAUUUAAUCGGGGGGUGCUGGGUUCAUAGACUUGACUCUGUUCAGUGGGCCUUGGCUUCCAGACUUCCAACUCAACUCUUGGGCCUCGAUCCCAGGACAGAAACUGGCAAUGCCCAUGCCGUGCUGGAGUAACUGGCAAUGCCCAUGCAGUGCUGGAGUAACUGGCAAUGCCCAUGCCGUGCUGGAGUAACUGGCAAUGCCCAUGCCGUGCUGGAGUAACUCGGCACAUCAGGCAGCAGCUGUGGAGAGUAAUAAACAGUCAACGUUUCGGGCCAAGAGCUUUUGUCAAGCUGGAAUAAGAAGGUGCGGGAAGGGAAGGAGAACUACCUGGAAGACGAUAGGUGAAGCCAGGUGGGUGGGGAGGACAAAGUAAGAAGCUGGGAGGUGGUAGGUGGAAAGGGUAAUGGGCUGAAGAAGGAGGAGUCUGAUAGGACAGAAGAGUAGAUGCUGGGAGAGUGGGAGAAAGGGAGGAAGGAGGGUCCGUGAUAGAUUGCUGAGGAGAAGAGGUGAGAGGCCAGAGUGGGGAAUUGAAGAAGAAGGAAGAGGAGGGAGAAAUUAAUUAUUAGGAGAAAUCGAUUUCCAGUCCUAAUGAUGGGUCUUGACCUGAAAUGUUGACUGUUUAUUCAUUUCCCUAGGUGGUGCCAGGCAUGCUGAGUUCCUCCAGCAUAUUGUGUGUGUUGCUCUCGAUCUUUAGCAUCUGCAGAGUCUCAAACAAGAGAUGGAUAGAGCUCUUAAAGACAGCAGAAUCAAAGGUUAUGGGGAUAAGGCAGGAGCUGGAUACUGAUUGUGGAUGAGCAGCCAUGAACGAAGUGAAUGGCGGUGCUGGCUCGAUGGGCCGAAUGGCCUAUUCCUGCACCUAUUGUCUAUUGUCUGAAAUCUGGAGAUGCUGGAAACCCAGAGGAACGCACACAAAAUGCUGGAGGAACUCAGCAGGCCAGGCAGCGUCAAUGGAAAAAAGUACAGUCGAUGUUUUGGGCUGAGACCCUUCUGCAGAAUUUCUUGUGUUUAACAGAAACUGCAGCAACCCCUCUCAGUAAAAGCAGGAUAAUCCCAGCAGGAAGGGUGGUGUUGUUUUCAGAUAAUGUGAAGCUGUUGCACUUCCAUUAGUAUUGUAGGGAUUGACUGGCAGGGGAAAUUAUCCAAUCAUCCGUCCGUUCCACAUACAACUUUACAACCAGAUGUGGCUGGAAUUUAAACAGUUCUUGCGUCUGGAUACAUGAAAGGUGUCUUGACUUGACAGAGGUGCAAAAGAAGCAUAUGGCAGUGGUAUGGUAAUGUGGCGGUCAAUGUAAUGCUGUUACAGCAACUUUCGAUCCUGCCGCUCUCUGCAAAAAGGUUGUACGUUCUCUCCGUGAGCGUGUGGGUUUCCUCCGCGUGCUCUGCUUUCCUCCCACGUUCCACAGGCUUACAGGUUAGUAGGUAAUCGGGAACAUGGGUGUAAUUGACAGUGUGGGCUUGUUGGACCAGAAGGGUCUGUUACUGUAAUGUAUCUCUGAAUAAUUAAAAAAUAGAGUGAGUCAACAGCCAGCACCUUCUCCCGUGGCAGAAAUGGCUAAUACGGGGGGCAUAAUUUUAAGAUGAUUGGAGGGAUAUCAGAGGCAGGUUUUUUUUACACAGUGAUGGGUGUGUGGAACACCCUGCCAGGCCUGGUGACGGUGGUGGAGGCAGAUACAUUUGGGACAUUUAAGAGACUCUCGGAUAGGCACAUGGAUGAUAGGAAAAAGAAAGGUUAGAAUGAUUUUAGAGUAGGUUUAAAAGGUCAGCAUAACAUUGUGGGCCGAAGGGCCCGUACUGUGCAGUAUGUUCUGUGUUCUAUGAUACAUAGGUUCUGUAGAUGUUCUGCCACUUUAUUUGUCCGCUGUAAAUUGCCUCUAGUGUGGGUGAGGAGUGGAAUCUGGGGCGGGGGGAGUUGAUGGAAAUGAGGGAGCACGAAUAACAUGGGACCGGGGUAGGAUUGGUGUUGAUGAUUGGCACAAACUCGAUGGGCUGAAGGGCUUGUUUCAGUCCGAAUAUUGUGCUGGGGGCAGCCCGCAAGUGUCACCGUGCUAGCCAAAGAGGAACAACCAUUGGAUCAGCUCCCAGCUCAGAAAGAAGGCAGUCACACAGCUUUGGGCUGUGCCUUCCUGCUCCACAGUCAGCUGUAGUUCCUCCCGUGCUGUUUGCCUGUCUUCUGCCCUCCAGCUUCCAUCGUGUCCGAGUUAGUACCGGAUGCAGCAGAGGGCAGCGUGCAGGUGGUAUCGUACCAGACCCCACAGUGCAGUGUGCCAACUACAGUUAGUGCACAGCCAGCAAGCGAGUGUUCUCCUCACCGCCGACAGUCUGCUCUUACACAGAGACCAUGUCUGAUCAAAUUAAUCGGGGGAGAUCUGUAGCCAGCCCUGAACACAUGCUAGACCAGUUCAAAGUUGAAAGUGAAUUUAUUACCAAAGUAUACGAGGGGUGAUUGAUAAGUUUGUGGCCUAAGGUAGAAGGAGUCAAUUUUAGAAAACCUAGCACAUUUACUUUUCAACAUAGUGCCCUCCUAACAUGUACACACUUAGUCCAGAGGUCGUGGAACAUACGGAUCCCUUCUUUGUAGAAUUUGGCGUCUUGGACCUCCAGAAAGUGUCCACAGCAGGGGUGAUGGAUAAGUUCGUGGCCUAAGGUAGAAGGAGAUGAGUUACACAGCUCUUGUUACAUGCACGUGCAGUUCAACUCUUUGAGUGAUCAUGCAGAAAGUUUGAAGUUAAUAACUCAUCUCCGUCUACUUUAGGCCACAAACUUAUCAAUCACCCCUCGUAUGUAUGUCUCUAUAUCCAACCCUGAGAUUCUGUUGCUUGCAAGCUUUCACAGCGAAUACAAAGAAACAAAGCAAAAUAGUAAUUUAAUAAGAUGACAAAGAAGAAAAUAAGCAGUAAACAUCAAGGACAUGAGAUGAAGAGUCUUUGAAAGGGAAUCCAUAGAUUGUGGGAAAAUGUCAAUGCUGGGGCAAGUGAAGUUAUCCCCUCUGAUUGAGGAGCCUGAUGGUUGAGGGGUAAUAACUGUUUCUGAACCUGGUGAUGUGGGUCCUGAGGCUCCUGUACCUCCUUCCUGAUGGCAACAGUGAGAAGAGAGCCUGGCCUGGGUGGUGGGGGGUCCCUGAUGAUGGAUGCUGCUUUCCUGCGACAGUGCUUCCCGUAGACAUGCUCAGUGGCAUGGGAGGGCUUUACACGUGAUUACCGAGGAAUCUGAAGUUGCAGACCAACUCACGGUGACACUGACACCAUUUGCAAUUUGCAAAAGGGGGAAAAGAUCGAAUGUUUAAAAUCUGUAUUGGUAGCUGAAGAAAUACUGAACUGAAGUCCCUCUGUACAACCCAAGCCUUCCUGUCUUGCUUGUACUUUGUAGCUCAUAACUUGCACAGUGUCUAUAAGUGUUUUUUUUGGACUAGUACACCUUUUAUUUCAGUUGGAACAAAUGAUCCUCUGUCUCCCCUCAUGGCUCUUUCUGUGCUCUUUGGAAGAGUUGACUACAACUCCUAUGAGAGAGACCUUGCAGUAAAGUGCUGAUGACCUCUGCCCUCGUGCUUUGUAUGUGUGAGGAAUGUUAAGUUAUGAUUUUUUGUGUGUAUAUUGCAGACUUUAUCAACAUAUUGUAACCAGUCAUCUCAAAAUACAGAUGUACAUUCAAAGUAUUUAUACUUCUUGCUUAAGAGAGAAAAUGUUAUAUUGAUUUUUUUUUUAAUAAUAAGUGCU